AAAAAAACACGAUUGCUUUGGACUGAAAGGUCAUGCAACUAUUUCAGAGAGAAGACAAGAACACACGUUCCUCUUGUGUUUAGGUGAAUCACCCUGUUAGAAUGAGAAGGGGAAUGGUUUUUUAUAUAUGAAUAAAAUCGCUGAGAUUUUGUCUCGCAUGUGGUCGCACGCCCUGACGUGAGCGCGCAUCGCCGCGCAUCGCCGCGCCUCCUCUCCCGGUCCCUGGCGCGCGCCCGCGUGCUCGCUCGCUCUCUCUCGCGCGCGCGGUGGCCGACGGGAUUGCUGCGCGAAGCCGCGCCGUCCUCCUCCGGGUUAAUGUCCGCCAUGUUUGCGGCGGCUCCGAGAGCGGAGCGGCGCGGCGGAGGAGGAGGUUGUUGUUGAACGCGCCCCGGAUGAACGCGGACAGAACAAAAAUGGGUCCGAGAGCCGCGUGGCGGCAGAGACGACGUCAAUGAACGCGAGCGACCGGAGCACGAGACCUGCGCCAAUUAUUCGGUUCUAAAGUUCGGACUCGGUUCCGCGUUCACACACACCGGGGUGAAGAGGGAGGGGAGGAGGAGGAGGAGGAGGUGGUGGGGGGUUUUCUCCUCAAAACAAUGAGUAAACUCUCGUUCCGGGCGCGAGCGCUAGACGCCGCCAAACCUCUUCCCGUUUACUGUAACGGAGACGUCCCGGAUUUAUCCGACUGCGUAGCCAUCAGCCGGGCGGUACCGCAGAUGCCGACCGGAAUGGAGAAAGAAGAGGAAGCGGAGCACCAUCUCCAGAGGGCCAUCUGUGCCCAGCAGGUGUUCAGGGAGAAGAAGGACAGCAUGGUGAUCCCGGUGCCUGAAGCCCAGGGCUGCAUCACCUACUAUGACCGUCUGUACAAAGGAGACUUCCGGCAGCCCAAACAGCUCAUCCACAUCCAGCCGUUCGGACUGGACAGCGAGCAGCCCGACUAUGACAUGGACUCCGAGGACGAGACGCUGCUCAACCGUCUCAACCGUAAGAUGGAGCUGAAACCGUUGCAGUUCGAGGUCAUGGUGGACCGUCUGGAGAAAGCCAGCGCGAACCAGCUGGUGACUCUGCAGGAGGCCAAGCUGCUCCUGAACGAAGACGACUACCUGCUCAAGUCUGUGUACGACUACUGGGUGAGGAAGAGGAAGAACUGCCGCGGCCCGUCGCUCAUCCCGCAGAUCAGGCAGGAGAAGCGAGACGGCUCCACCAACAACGACGCCUACGUGGCUUUCCGCCGGCGCACGGAGAAGAUGCAGACCAGGAAGAACCGUAAAAACGACGAGGCCUCCUACGAGAAGAUGCUGAAGCUGAGACGGGAGUUCAGCCGAGCCAUCACCAUCUUAGAGAUGGUCAAGAAGAGGGAAAAGAGCAAGCGGGAGCUGCUGCAUCUCACGCUGGAGGUGAUGGAGAAGAGGUACCAGAUGAACGAUUUCUCCGGAGACGUUCUAAACGAGGUCUCGGCACCGCUGGCAGAAAAAAGCGUCUACCCAGCUCCGAUGUGUCUCCCCAACGGGAACAGGCAUAAAACGGAAAACAAAAUGAAGAGCCACAAGCCCAUGCCGAAACACCACCCGCACCACUUCCUGGUGAAGGCCGAGCCGCAGCUCGACGUCGUCCGGGGGCUUAAAAAGAACACGCGCAGACCCAAGCUGGAGCCUCUACGUCAACAUGCCGUCAUCAAAGCCGACAUCAAGCAGUACGACUUUCACAGCUCCGGGGAGGAGGAACUCCCGCUGUCUCCCUCGUCCGAGCCGGAUGAGGAGAACGACCCGGACGGAGCGUUCGUUUUCAGACGUCGAGCGGGUUGCCAUUACCUCGCUCCCAUUACAGAUAAGAGCUGCACUCCUGUACCACGUUUGGAUGGAAUCGAUGCCCUGUGCCAGAGAAACUCCCUCACAGCUCUGUCCGUGCCACGCCGCUGCAUAGGAGUCUCGCGCAGACGUCUGGGCCGUGGCGGCAGAAUGCUCCUCGACCAGACCUCAUCAGACCUGGACCGAGUCCUCAGACACUUGGACCCCGACACGGUCAGCCCUUCCGACUCGCUACCGGUGCUCACCGACACACACACGAACGCACACGUUCCCGUAUUGGGGCAUUCCGGGGCAAAGCCUCAGCGCUCUCUGGCUCAGCUCCUCAACGACAUCCAGGCGUGCAGGUGGAGGUACUUUCGUCCCCGACCCCUCAAUCAGAGCGCAAAAGAAGAGGGCAGGACGGACUCGCUUCAGGACAACAGGAACGGAGGAGGAGGAGGAACGAACGUGAACAACAGCUUGAGAAACAGCAGUUUAGGUGGGAUCACAGAGGAGCAAUUUCAGUCCCACCAGCAACAGUUGGCGCAGAUGCUCCAGCAACAAGGCCUGCAGGAGAACCCACCUCUGUCUGAACCUUCCCACGCUCAAGUGUCUAAACCAGCCUCCUCAGGCUCCCUGUCCAAGACGUUAGACUCGGCCAGCGCUCACUUCGCCGCCUCGGCCGUAGUCAGCGGCUCAAACAAGGAUCUCAAACCCCACGGCACCGGCGUCAACGGCAUCCUUACCAAUUCAGGAAGACAGAGUAAGUUUAGCUGUUCGUCUCCGCUCGGACUCAACAGCGUCUCAGGCUCUUCGACCUCUGCCCGCCCUUCAGCCGUACCCCUGAAUGUGCCCCACGUGAGCGCCGUGUCCCCUGCACGACCCUGCGCCCCUUCAUCGCCCACAUUGAAGCUCGCCAGCGUGGCCAGCAGCAGUCUGCAAAAAGUCACACUCAACAGGGAGAAGAACGAGCCGGAGAGACUGGCUCUGAACGGUUUAACGGACACCACUGUGGCCAUGGAGGUGACAUAGCCUCGCCCCGUCCAGACGAACCGAGCCGAACCCCUGUACGUGGACCUACACCGCUUAGUAGCAUAUCAGCCAUUUUGUGAAUAAUCAAUGUGUACAUUUUUUCUUUUUUUUUGUAAAAUCGGGAUCUUAUCACUACCUUGUAAAAUAAUCGAUUUGUAUCAUUAGGUGUCAUUUGUUACUUGAAUUCUAGUUCUUGUCCUCAUGCUUUGGCACUUCCAGCCAAGUCGGGGGGGCGGAUGGGAGGAGGGAGGGGGACGGAGGAGGAGAUCAAAAAUAAAAAAUAAAAUACUAAAGUGCAUCAGUAAGUGCAGGGAUCAUGCAUGAGUCCAAAAUCAUACAUUAUUCUUCUUUUAACUAUUUAUUUUGCCAUGUUUACAUUUUUGUAUCUUGUACAAAUAAAUCCGAUUUUUUGUCACAAAACAUUUUGUCACAACACAGGA